CCGUGUGUCACGGCCCUAAGUCACCCUGCAAUGCCCCCCCCCCAGCACUUACCUCUCUGGUGUGGGGGAGGGGCACGUCACUAGUGCUCCGAGCACGGAAAGAGCUGGAAUUCCUGUUUAAAAACCAGAAAUCUGGCUCUUAAAGAAACCUUGCCUUGCAUUUUCUUGCCAUCGCUGGUAACCUGUGGGGCAACGGCUGCAUGUGGUAAAGAAAAGGACAUUUUCCUGAACGGCACUGUUGGUGGGACUAUCACGCUGCCAUCUGUCCCAUUUCAGUCUAUGGCUGAAUGGUUCUCCUGUGGACAAGCCAAGGACUCGUCAAACAGAAAACCCUUGUUAUACAUGGAUAAAAAGAAUCCUGACCAUUUGCAUGAUAAGAACAACACACGAGUGCUCUCAGGGGCCAAUGGGUCCCUUAUUAUUAAAGACCUGCGCAGGCAGGAUGAAGGCUGGUAUCUACUUGAAUUUGACAGCAGCAAGAGAUACAUCUACCUCACAGUGUUUGAUGAACCAAAGGACAUUACUGGGAAAUGGAAGGAUCUUGGAAGUCCCACUACUCCAAGCAGUGACACAGGUAAUCGAGAGAAAUGGAAAAAUGGAAUUAUCAUUGCCAUAUCUUGUGUAGUCGUUUGCUGUGUAGCCUUUGGUAUAUAUUGUCUGAAGAACAGAGGAAACAUAAUGAAGGGAAAGAAUAGCGAGAAAAAAGAAGAAGAACAAAACCAAAGGAAUCAGGAUCUGGAAGCCGGAAUUAAUGACGUACCUCCCGGAAAGGAAGACAUUGCUACUUCAGAUUCCUCCAAAAUGGAGACAGACCUGAUGGAGAAGAACAUUAUUAAUAGUGAUGAUGAGGAGGGGGAGGAGGAAGAAGAUAAUCCUACGGCUCCACUUUUGGAUGGACAGACUCCAAAAGAGGCAGUUUUAAAGAACAGUGACACCGAGGCUGAAGCCACAGAACUGAUUAAUGACCCAGAAAGUCUUCCCCCUGGGUAUAGUGAUACAGAUCAGCCCAGUGUAGCUAAUAUACAUUAUAGUGCAGAACACAGUCAUACUAUAAAUAAUGGGGAUAAAGAUGAUAUAGAACAUAAUAUAAAGAAUAAUGGGAAUAUAUCUGAGGAUCCAGGUAUUCCAGAUACACCUGGAGAAAAUCAAAUUAAUGGGGAGCAUCAGAGAACCAAAAUACAUGUAAAUACCUGUAAUAUGAAAGAAGAGAGCAUAGAAUUAAUGCCCAGCAACCCUGCAGAAUAUGAGGAUAAUACUGGCAAUAAUAUUCCUAAUAGAAAUCACACUUCAUUUUAGACAAAUGAUGAUGAUGAUGGUGAUGGAAUAAUCCUUACCAUGUUACAGCAAGUAAAUAGUAAUGAUGUCAUUGCUAAGAUGACCCCCAGCACCCAUCAUUUGGGUAAGAAAGGUGCAGUUUCACCAACGACUGCAACUUGAAUUCAGGACCAAAUAUUUUUUUCCUAUUGCUAAAAUUGUUGAGUUUCCAACUUGAAUCAAGCAGUUGGUCUAUUUUUCCUACCUACGAGGUUGCCUUAUGCCUGAAAGUAGUGUGGCCCCAACUGCACACCGGCCAUUGACUUCUACAUGCCCUUGACAUCUUUUAGAUGGCAACGGUUUUUAUUUUUGUAGAUUUCUCAAAUUUUUUAUGGUUUAGAGAAAAUGGUAAAAAAAAAAAAU